AUGUUAUCAUUCGCAUCGUUAACGUUUGAAAAGUUUUGCUCAUCUAUUGACACGAAACACAAGAUAUUCGCAAAUCUGGAUCAACUCACGCGACAAUUAGACCACAAAUUGGAUUACUUUGUGGUCUUCUCGUCGGUCACGUGUGGCAAAGGAAACGGAGGUCAGUCUAACUACUCGUACGGGAACUCUAUGUGUGAACGUAUUUGCGAGCAAAGACGGAGGGAUGGUCUGCACGGACUGGCCAUACAGUACGGACCCAUCGGGGAUGUGGGUGUGUUUGCGGACACGGAUCAGUUGCUCACAAUGACAUCACUGCGCAAACAGCGGAUCAACUCGUGUUGCGAUGUUUUGGACAAACUAUUGGCUAUUAAACAGCCGAUUGUUACCUCUUAUAUCAAAGUGGAUCAAGUGAAAGAGUCGGGUAACCGGCAAAAGCGAAUGGUAGCCGAGUUAUGGCGGGCGCUGGGCAUCGACCCCGAGACCACUCCCAACCACUUGACGUUGGGUGAGAUCGGGUUGGAGUCCAUGUUUGCGGUGGAACUCCAGCAGGAGUUGGAAAGGGAGUGGAAUAUGAAGGUCACCCUCAAUCAGGUCAAGUCAAUCACCAUCGGUAUGCUGAAGGACUACGAGAGCGGCAACAUUAGCAACAUUAGGCGGCACUUGGAUGACAUCAAGCGGGCCCGGAGUCGCCUCUUGAAAAUCAAAUUCAUUAUACCGUCGGAGCCGUACGUACGGCUGAACGGCGUGACGAGUGGAAAGCCGGUGUAUGUGUUGCCGACUCUGGGCCUAAACUUUUCCAUGUUUGAAGAGUUGGCACAACGACUAAACCGACCGCUCAUUGGACUCAAUUGGACUCGAGAUGUGAGCAAACUGUCCACUCUUAAGGAGAUCAGCCGACAUUACAAGACCCUAUUGGCAGAACUGUCCCCCAAUGGCCGGUACGACGUGUUGGGCUGUUUCGAUACGGCUAUCGUUUGCUCCAAACUGUUGCGUAAAGGACUGGCAGAUAAGGCGGUGAUCAUUGACGUGAUAAACGACCAGCGCUUCUGCGAGGAUCAGCUCAACGACGACUUUGUGCUCGACCCGCGAAGUGAAACGGGAACCGGACAACAGCGCUUCUGCGAGGAUCAGCUCAACGACGACUUUGUGCUCGAGUUUAUGCUGACAACGAUGUCCAGUGAGAUCCCGGAGUCGUUUAAGAAUAAAAUAGCCCGCGAAGUGAAACGGGAACCGGACAUCAACGCCAAAGUCAAGCUCAUUGUCAACGAGGUGGUCGACUUUGGCGGCAAAGGACUGGUAGCUCCCGAUCUGGAGGAGAUCUUCCACAUAAUGUUAGCCCGAAUUCGUAUGCUUUCCGAGUAUAGACUCAAUAAAAGGAAAAAGUUGUCAAAUAAGCUAAAACUGGUGAUCGCUAAGAAGUGGGCUAAAAGUACCGGUAAAUUGGUUUUGAUUAAACCGUUUAAGUUUGAUUCGGUUGAGGACAUGGAGGUGUUCAUUGAGAAAUCGAGGGAAAUGUAUUUCUUGCCUGAUUCUGAGAAUACCGAUGCGAAUGAUAACAUAGCGGUCGAGAGUGUGGACACUCCCUGUGCUAUGGAUAUGAUGGCCACUGAGAUAGUCGACAAACUUGAAGAGGCACUCAAAUAA